UCUCCACUGAACAUUGACAUUAAGUACCUACGAAUGCAGGCAACAUAAUUAUAUUUCUCAGCAGUGGAUUGCACCAAUAAAACGGCUGCAACUGUCUGAAUCCAACAUAUAAUUUCCAUCAUUAAGAGGGAAACGUUUUUCCCUCUAUCAUUGUUACAUGUUCCUUGUCACUUUGUGAGAGCUUUUAAGCAAAGCAUAACAUACCCUUGAUCGUAACUGAUACGUUAACGAUCUUUCUGCCCAGAAAUCAGAGCUGGUGAAGGGUUUGAAGGUUUCUAUGGCUGAAACCGAUGUUAGGAGUAACAGAUUCUCUAGGCAAAUGGGGUAUGUUCAUUGCUUUGCUGAUAAGGUGAAAAGGUUUCCUGGUUUGGCCAGAAGAGAAACAUGGAAGGUUGGGAAAGAUGAUCCGAGAAGGGUGGUUCAUGCUUUCAAAGUUGGCAUAGCUUUAACAAUAGUUUCUUUGCUGUAUCUGAUGGAGCCAUUGUUCAAAGGGAUAGGGCAAAAUGCUAUGUGGGCUGUCAUGACAGUGGUUGUGGUCAUGGAGUUUACUGUAGGGGCAACAUUAUCCAAAGGACUGAAUAGAGGAUUGGGGACUCUGCUAGCAGCAUCAUUGGCAUUUCUCACUGAAUAUAUUGCAGAUGCCCCUGGUCAGAUUUUUCGAGCGGUUUUCAUUGCCGUUGCAGUUUUCAUUAUAGGAACAAUGACCAGUUACGUGAGGUUUAUCCCCUAUAUCAAGAAGAAUUAUGACUAUGGUGUUCUGAUCUUUCUCCUCACCAUUGCCAUAGGUUGUGCCAUAUGUCUUGUGAUGAGCAUAUUGGUGUUUCCAAACUGGUCAGGGGAAGACCUGCACAACAACACCGUAUCAAGGCUUGAAGGCUUGGCCAACUCCAUACAAGUCUGUGUCAGGGAAUACUUUAAUGAUUCCGAAGAAUCGGCAUGUCAAGAUGAUUCAUCUGAGGAUCCUAUUUACAAAGGUUACAAGACUGUUUUGGAUUCCAAAACAACCGAUGAUACACUGGCAUUACAAGCAAGCUGGGAACCAAGAUACUUAAGAUAUUGCCACAGAAUCCCAUGGCAUCAAUAUGCAAAAGUUGGAGCUGCACUUCGCUAUUUCAGUUACACUGUUGUUGCACUACAUGGAUGUCUGCAAUCUGAAAUUCAGACACCAAAAUCAAUUCGUGCACUCUACAAAGACUCUUGCAUCAGACUUGGAGAGGAAGUUUCGAAAGUAUUAAGGGAACUUGCCAAGAGCAUAAGGAACAAUCGUAAGUUCUGCCCUGAAAUACUCUCCAACAACCUCAAAGAAGCAUUACAAAACCUCAACAGUGCCUUGAAAUCACAACCACAACUUAUACUAGGCUCGAGGAAUAGUCGAGCCACAAACACCCCAGUUCAAGCAGUUCAACACCAUGACCAAAAGCUUGAAGAAGACACCAGAACCUCAUUACCGGGUAUUAAGAAUACUGGUUCUUCUUCUCGGCUUGGGUGUAGAUCCAGAGAGCAGUCUCGGGAGCUUACAAAGAAGGUUUUAAGGACACAACUGAGUAAGGUUGCCAUAGUAAGCCUUGAGUUCUCAGAAGCAUUACCCUUUGCAGCUUUCACUUCUUUGCUUGUGGAGAUGGUGGCCAAACUCGAUCGCGUCAUGGAUGAAGUUGAAGAUUUGGGCAGAAUGGCACAAUUUAGUGAGUACGAAGAUGAUGGAAACGAUCAUAAGAUUGUUGUGACUUGUGAGAAUCAGAGUGGCGUUGCUUCUGCUGGAUCAGAGUAGUUAGAAGAAUUCAGAGGAAGUGCUUUGGCACAUUCUUCAUCUCAACUAUUAUGCAUGCAUGCAUGCAAGCAUACGACGUUCGUGUGUGUAGAGAAACAAAUUGCUCGUCCUUUUUGGUGUAGAAGGUGUACCUAAAAUGCUUCCACAAUAAUGUACCCUUAUGGGCAAAGUGAAGUCCUUUUUGAUAUAGCUAGCAUCAUCAUUUAGUUUACAACAAAAUAUUUUUGAUACAAUUUUAUUAUGAGUCAUAAUAUUUUGAACGAGAACUUAUUAUUAUGAUGAUGUAAUAAUAUACAUUCCAGUGAUAAUAUCAUUUUUAUAUUCUAUCAUAUAUGAAAAAUAAGUUAUUAAAAUAUAUCCUCCUUUUAUUAAUAAAUUAUGCAGGAGGGCAAUAAUGUAGUUUUUGAGUAUUUUCAUUUAAAAUAUGUACUAAAAUAAAUGAACAACUCUGCUAACACGUAUUUUAGAUUGCAAGAUAACAAUGUCUAUAUUACGGAAUCAUUGCUGAAACCACCCUCGUUUUUUCUUCAGUUAAUAAUUCACACGACAUUUUAAUAUGUGACACUUUUAUUAUAGUAAUUUUUUCUUUUUAUGAAUUUGUUGGUUUCAUCUGAUUAUCCAUUUUGGUUACAAAAAUAAUAUAAUAUUAAUUUCAUUUUUUAAAUUAGAAUUUACAAAUCAAAAUGUUCGACAAACUUUCAAGUCAUUGAUACCAAGGCCCAUAUCGAAUAAAUGAGAAAACAACUUUUAUAACUAUUAUAACUGAUUACGUUUUCUCUGGACCUUUUCAAUCACCUUCUCUAUCUAAGGAUCUAUUUGCUCAUUUGACUAGUUUCUCAGAUAUGUCUCACCUUUUUCUACUUAGCAAAAUCAGAGUGAAGUUGUUUUAAUUAAUACCUACUUAAAUAGUUCAAUUGUUUAAUUUACAUGUUACUAAAUCGAUCUUCAUAAUUAAUUAGAUAACAAAAUUGUUGAUGAACGUUUAAGAUGACUAAUUUUCUGUCAGUCCAUUAACCCAAUAAGCAUGAUUCCUUCAAAAAAAAAUACUAGUUUUAUGUUGACUUCACCUUUUGAACCAGCCUUGCUAGCCACUGUGAAUAAUACUAAUUACACUGAUUUUUUUUAUCAUACAUAAUCAUUAGUACUGUUCAUAGGAUUU